AAAAUAGGACGCGUGUACUGUUAACGCGAUUUUUUUUAAAAAAUUUGGAUAAAACUGCGUCAUUUUGGAAGUGGAGCACCAUGUUCACCGUGGGAUGAUCCAAUGCCUAAAUGUUCUAAAUGUGGCACUGCUAUUCUAUUGAGCUGUGAGCAGCAAGACACCAACGAAAUCAGUCGGAGGGAGAAAGAGCGGUGCUCGCCGCUCAUCUAUGGAGACUGCCGUUUUUGGUCGAAUUCCCCUCUCUCCUAAUCAUAUCUCUCACAUUAAACCUGGAGAUAAGAAUCACUUCAAUAAACAAUGGGGAAGCUGGAAUGUAAUGGCAGUGCUGAUUGCUGGAAGUGGCAGAGGCGGCGGCGGGGGGUUGUUAGAUAGGCCUGUAGUAGAGAAAACAACUCCUUCCCGUGAAUCUGAUAUUGAUUUGAGAAAAGAAAGGAAAAUGUCCCCAUCAUAUUGGGUGAUGUUGCAUAAUGACGAUUACAAUAGGAGGGAGUAUGUGGUACAAGUGCUGAUGAAGGUCAUACCUGGGAUGAGCCUCGACAAAGCUGUUAACAUAAUGCAAGAGGCGCAUCACAAUGGCCUCUCAGUCGUCAUUACUUGUCCCCAAGUUGAUGCAGAGCAGCAUUGCAUGCAGCUGAGAGGCAAUGGCUUGCUGAGCUCAAUUGAACCCGCUGCCGGUAUCCCCGUGUCCAUGGUGAAUGUGAAGGGCCUCGCUCGCCUGAAGAAACAGGACCCGAAGGGGUCGGGACAGGGCAACCAGAAGCCCGCCACUGCCCUCUUCAAGAAAGCCGAGGGCGAUGCCGCUGCCAGCAAGAGGAAGGCGGCGACCAAGGGGUCCCCCCCGGCUAUCAAAAAGCCGAAGAAGGGGGACAUCACCGAUAAGGAGCCCCCGGUCAUCAUUGCUGAUGAGCACCCCGCCUCCGGGGUGCAUGUGGAGAAGCCGUCGGGUGGAACGCCGGCGGGGGCAGAGGAGUUGCUGCCUGAGGUCCUCCAAGUUUCGUUUCCGAGGGGUACCUCCCUGGCCAGUGGCGCUGUCGACCCGGGGGCCAUCUUGAGGGGCAUAACCCCUGAGACGGAUAGAGCUGCCCUCGGGGCUUAUAAUGAUGCGGCCCUCGAGGACCACAUUCUCCGCUCCUCCCUCUCUGCUUGUCUAGCCCUCGGCGAACAGGCCCGGAGGCUUCAAGAAUGGCGCCUUCACAAAGCGGAGCAGGACGUCAAAAUGAGGGAAUGCAUCCUCAAGAACAAAGAGGCGGUGAAGCUGGGGGUUUGGCUAGAAGAGGAGCUUCGGCAGAUGAACCUAAGAUUGGAGGCUGCAGAAAAGGGCAAAGCUGAUGCUGAGGCCGCUGCUGAGGAGGCCAGGAGAGCUGCCAAAGAGGCCGAGGAUUCCAAAGCGUCAGCCGUCGCCAAGGCUCAAGAGGAGGCCGUUGACGCCUUCGUCCCCGAGGGUUGGAGAGCCGAGGGGCGCAAGAUGUGGGUGUCCUCGGUCGUGGAGGCAUGCGUCGAUGAAUGGGCCGAGGGCCCUGGGUGGGAAUGGAUGGCCCGGAAGGGCAGAGAAUAUUAUGAGGCCGGCGAAUUUUUCACCCAGGCCCUCAUCUAUCGGAGGAUGGCCCGGCACUUGGGCAUUGAGCCAAAGGACUUCGCCCCCUCGGCAUAUGGCCUCCCUCCCCUGCAGUCUGAUGUCCGUGAAUCCCUUCCCGAAGGUGCACAACGGCCCGACCUUGAGGACACAAAGCUGAAGAAAGAGGCCGAGGACGACGCUGUUGAGGCCGGAGCGGAGGUAUCGUCGAGGCCGGCUGCAGAGGACGCCCCGGGGAAUGACGCUGUUGAAAUUGUUGAGUGAUUUUAUACUUAGGAAUGUCUGAACAUAUUUUGUAAUGAACAACAUUGAUCCUUCGGCUUCAGCCUGUUUGUAAUUUUACACUCACUUCUGUUUUUUAUGAAUGCAUGCUGCCUCCGGGCUCUUCACAUUUGAAUGCGCCCUAUGUUUUGAAUGUAUGCCUUCUCCUUUU